AUAUAUCUCUCUCUCUCUAAUGGAGCAAAACUCACAACCCAAAUGGGAAUGGAAGGUUUCAACAAACCUAAAACAUGCAAGUACAGAUCAAAUAUGGCUUCUUUUCAAGGACUUCUUCAAUCUCCACAAAUGGUUUCCAAGCCUACCUACUUGCUAUGGCAUCCAUGGUACCAACGGUGAGGUCGGUUGCAUCCGAUACUGUUCCGGGGGCCGACUCGCCUCAUAGGGCGGUGACAACCCUGUUAGUUAGUCCAUUGAGGGACUGACAGCUGUUGAUCCAGUAGAGAGGAUGAUUAGUUAUGAGAUCGCUGACUGCAACGUUGGGUUCAAGUCCUAUGUUUCGACAGUCAAGAUCGUUCCGAGAGGCGGUGGUGAUGGGAAAGAUGAAGGGUGUGUGAUCGAGUGGUCUGUCACCGUUGAUCCGGUUGAAGGGUGGAGAUUGGAAGACUUGGUGAAGAGGUACCAACUUGUGUUAGAUCCUAUCUCGAAAAACAAUACAGUUUUUAGUCGAGUGAGACCAAGAAUUAUGCCAUUUACAAUACACUUUUCUUUUAAGUUCAUCUGGAGAUGGAAUUUUGACUCAUUUUGGUAACUUAAGGA